ACACACCUUACCACAACCACCUGUAAAAAUAAUGUAAACCUGUUGAACUUUUACGUUUGUUUCGCCACAGAAGUCAAUGAACUGUCCAGAAAUAUGUCUCUGUACGGUUUUCAUCCGAGACGUGUUAAAGAAAGCGAUACGGUAUCGUGAAAUGUGUUGUUUUUGAAUGGGAUGAGGUAAAACAGUACCGUUUUUGGAAAUUCUACAUUCUCCACUCUGUUAUCUAACAUGUAAAUGGAAGAUUACUGAUUAGAUAGAUUCACAACAAUGAGCACAAAUGAGGAAAAAGUCAACCGAAAAAUGCACGAACUCUUCAUGCAAGUACUGAAGAAUCGGGACCUUUCAAGGGCUGGAGACCUGUUUUCAGUCCCAGAUGCGAUCAUUGUCAAUGACUUAACCAAUGUGCUUAAGGAAAUCAACACGAUCAUCUCCCAGCCUGAUUACACAAAUAACAAUAACGACCAAAGUGUGGUGGAAAUAUGUGUAACUCGGGUCACUUCUUGUAUUCGCGAAACAGGAAGUGUGGAACAACAUUGCAAAGCCCUUGUCACGCUUUUGGAGUCUUGUUUGCACCAUAACCUCCAGCUCACGUCCAGGGAUGAGGACCCGCCCCAUGCAAAAAUUUCCAGUGAUAUUAUCUCUUGUAUAUUCUUAAAUUAUAGUAAAAAGUCUGUGAUGCAACGUGCCUUACCUGUAGCUGUAAAAUUCUUGCAUAAGGGCAAUAAGGAGUUAUCGAGGAAUAUGGCUUCGUAUUUAUCUCUGGCAGCAAUUGAACAUGCAUCUCUAUUAACACCACACGUGCAACCCAUCAUGGAUUCGAUCAUUUCAGGAAAUUAUCCACUAUGUCGAGUCCUUCCAAACAUUUACGAAGUAUCACCUGAACCCUUCCAAGGCCAUGCAAUGGCUCUAGUUUCCCUUCUUCCACAUUGUGAUAAUCAAGAGAAAUUGGCACUGUUACAUCUAUUUUCCCUAAUCGCCAAGGACAACCCUUCGUUAUUGGAAGCAAGUGUGCCUCAACUGUGUGAAUAUCUCAGUAGUUCAGUCACUGCAUCACCAACUUUACAAAUAUUCCUCCACAUGGCCGAGAAAAAACCUGCUUUGUUAGUUGAUCAUAUUAAUGCAAUGAAACAAUCAGCUGAAAGGCAUCCACAAACUGUGUGCUUAGCAGCUCAGAUUAUCGGAGCUGUAGGGAAAUUAAGCAAAGACAAGGCCCAAGAUGCGUUAAAUUUUGUCCUUGAAUAUUUACCAAAAGCCGACAGAGGUUCCCAAAGUACGUUGUUAAGAGAGGCUACGUUGUUAUGCAGUUCUUAUCCUGUUUUGUUUACUGAUAAAGUGUUGGCUGGAGUUAGGCAAAGACAUCACACAAGCAGCAGUAACCAAAUCAACUAUAACAACAACACCCAAAAUCAAGUAACGUCUGGUGGUGUUACAAUAGUCAAAGUUGGUGGUAUUCAGCAAAAUGCACCUGUGCAACAAGGAGGUUACACACGAAGAGCUAAAUUGGGUGAUUCGAGAAGUACUGGGAGAUUACACACUGCUCAAACUACAAGUACUCAUCGCAGCAUGACAAAGUUAAACAUUCCAGGUGGCUCGAUUGGUGGUCUUCAUAAAAGUAUGACACGAUUGAGUUCAUCCCAACAAAUCAAUGCAAUUCCCCAACCGUCCAGUAACGUAACAGUUACAAACAAAUACAUUAACAAUAACACGAAAAUAUCAAGUGGUGGAGUAACAGUAACUACGAUUUCACCUCCAAGGAUGCAAAGGCCACAUAGUCAAGGACCUUUAACUCUAAAUACAAACCAAAAUAGUCAAGUAACUGUAACACCGCUACAAAUCACAUCACCACAAAGUCCAAAUGCAGUUACAGUCAGUUCUGUAUAUACAGGACCUAUUUCCAGCGGACAAGUGUCCGUUUUGACCAGUAAUUCAAACAGUGGAGUCACUCAAACUAUUCCUGUAGGUUCUAAUACAGUUUUAGAUUCGUCAAGUUCGCAGCUAACACCUGUAACUUCAACCAUGGGCAGCGGUAACGUAAGUGUUACCAACCCUGUGACUGUAAUAUCCCGUCGAGUGAACAACACAAGUGUCACUUUACUGAAUUCCAAUCAGAAUUCGUUAGCCAAUCAGCGAAUGAGCGUCUUUGAACCUUAUCCAAUGAGAGAUACGAUUCAACACUUUUGUGAAAAACAUUUGGAUAAGAUCAAGGCCUACAUGGAUAAGGUUUCAAUACGCAUACCAUCACCUGCGAAAUGUACAAUUGAGGAAAAACGCCAAAAGAAAUCUGCAAAAUUACAUUUUGCUUGCCAAGGUGGUGGUCAACACUGUCUAUAUUCCAAGACCUACUUCACCAUGCGGACGAGAAAUCCAAGGAUUUGGAUUCACUUGAUGUUUAUUUCGCUGCAGGCGCGUCAUGCGCAUGCGCUGAGUUCACGUGAUGCUCAAGUCGCAAGUUUGAAGCAUUGUUGGGAUAUGUUAAAAUGCGAAAAUAAAUCGUUUCUGACGGUUGUGACGAGCGCUUUUCCUUGUCCUAAAGAUCAGGAGACUCUUAUUAAUGAGCUGAGACAUUCUGGUUAUUUUGAUGUGUUUCAAAUAUGUCCUACAAAUGUUGGAGGUUCAGCGGAUCAACUUGAUGGAGGGUCCUUCAAGUGGGGGUGUUUUCUGUGCGCACAUCCUGAGCGGGCUGUGGGCUUCCUGAGAGGAGACACACAACCAGUGAUCGAAGGCCAACUGAAGGAAAAAAAAGGUCGUUGGAGACUUUUCCGACGCUGGAGAACCCGAUACUUUACCUUGUCCGGUGCUCACUUAUCUUGCAAAGGAUCGAGUGGCGGUGAAUCCAUCGAUGUAAAUCAAAUCCGUUCUGUAAAAGUAUCACGAGGGGCACGCAACAUACCAAAAGCCUUUGAAAUCUUCACAGGAAAUCAAACACUAAUUUUAAAGCCUAAAGAUGGCAAAAAUGCCGAAGAGUGGGUCCAAUGUUUGAGUAUAGUUGUUGCACAUUCCCACGCUAAAGAAUUACCAGGCAAAAGCAAUUCGUUACCCGCAAGGGGUAUCAGUUCUAGUCGUACUGUUAUAUAAAUAUUUAUUUUUUACAAAACUGUAAAUUACAAAAAGGUAAGUAAACAUAAUAUUUGGUGCUAACGUCCAAAAUUUGGGUACUGGAACACAACGCUCUCUGUGAUAAAAAUUAGCAUCACGCGACUGUAACAUUAUCACUGCUAAUUAAAUACGGGGGACUAAAACAACCACAAAAAAUAUAACAAUAAAAAAUCACGGAUUUCCCGUUAAAAUUUUAAUUUCAGCACUUUUUGCCAAGCAAAUAGUGAACAGUUGAGUUAAAAUUGACCGAGAAAUUCGCUUAUGCAAAGAUUUAACCCGAUUCCGGUGUUUUUUAUUUUUACUUUUCAAGAAAUACUCAAAAUGUUUUGGAAAUUUGACUUUCCAUUUUCAAACGCCGAUUACGGCGGAAUUAUUUGAGCUAGCGCACCGUUGUAAUCGGCAUGAGAAAUUAUGCAACCAGCAAUAUCUUGUAAAAAUCCGGUUAAAACAAAAUUUUGCCUUAUUUUUAAGUUAUUAACACAUAAAUAUCCACCAAAAAAUGUACGAAAUUUUUAGUCCUCCGUAGAUUGGAGCACAUUUCUGUAAACAAAUCAUAGAUUUACACUUAAUAUAUUAACAUUUUUUACGACUGUAUCAAAUAUUGUACUUAAUUUUUAUAUCAUAUUUUGUAAUUUAUAGCCAUUGUUUUUAUAUUAUAUUUGUUUUGUUUUUAUUUCACUUGCCAAUGGUUUCUUCGUUGGCUUUUAUAACACAUUACAUUCCAUUACAAUUUUUUAUAACAAAGCAUCGUCAGCCCAGUUCUGACUUUGCCAAGUAUAUAUUUUAUUAUAUCCUGUUAUACAAUAAUAAAUACAUUAUUUUACAA